AUUCUGCGCUUUUCUCUACCCGCGAGAAGACGCGUGUUAGUUUUUUCUAUCGCCAAAAAGUAUUAAAAACCCAUCAGUUUGCUUGGAAAAUUAGCAAUUCCAACGUCGUUUUGUGCAGUUAAUCGAGUGUGAUCGAAAGCAGUAAAGAAUGGCUGACCAAUAUUCCGGCUACGGUGCUCCGCAGGAUUUCGGCGGUCCGAUGCAAUUUUCGGUUCCUCCGCCGUCGCUUUCGUCGGCCAAUUUCAGCCAGCCUCCUCCGAUGGGAGGGGGUGGUGGCGGCGGCGGAAGUGCCGGUGGCUAUAAUGCUCCUCCCCCCUCGGUCGGCGGCUAUGGCAACCAAUCCCAGAGCUCAGCAGGCGGCGGCUACGGUGCGCAAAAUGAUUACAAAUCCGGUGGCCGUGACGGAGGUUACGGCGGUGGAAACCGCGACGGUGGCUAUGGAGGAGGAAACCGCGGAGGUGGUGGCGGUGGCUACGGAAACGGUGGACCUCGAGGUGGUAACCAAUCCGGUGGCUACAGCAGUGGCGCCGGCAACAAGGGUGGUUAUAAUAACAAAGGUAAACACCGAUCGACUGUUCGGUGAUAAUAUUAUCUAUAUAUUUUUUUUUAUUUUACUUCACUUUUCGCUGUUUGAGUAAUAAUUUGGUUCAAAAGAAGAGUUAGAUACAAAGUAAUAGUAAAGCAAAAAUAACAUAUUCGUCGCAUUCGAGGUCAUGUCUUGCGUGUGUUUUCAAAAUAAUAUGAGAUUUUAAGUUGCUAUACAAACGUGGUUAACUGCGCUUCGUAAUGUCGUCGAAUGGUUAAAAUAGGUUAUGCAAAUCGAAGAAAUUUUUUACUGGUUUCAAGUAGAGAAUAGGUUUAAUGCUACAGGUUAUUGGUAUAUGUCGGAAAAAGUGUGUAAAAAGAAUUUGUGUCAACAUGUUUGGUGCAAAGUCAUGGUUUGAUAGCUUCACAAAGCAGUGUUUUGCAAAGGAUACUUGAAAAAUCCAUUGAAUUGUCUAAUUUUUGUAAUCAAGCGUGAGUUACGUCAAAGAGCAUUUUUCGUUCGGUCUUGGAAUGUUUUGGGGCUAAAUACUCUGGAUUUCGGAUCAGCAGGUGUCAUUAAAUCUUAUAAAUGAGAGAUCUCCAAAUGUAAAUUGGCUACACAUUACAUAAACUUUCAAUAUUCGAACGACGGAAAUAUAAAAAACACCAUCUUGAUCUUGGUUAGCUGAGUUCACUCAGCAAUACACCUGCAAAUACUUAGGUCCUAUGAACAUUAUCAUCACUUUCUAAAUACAUUCACUAAGAAUGAUUUAAAAAAGAUAUAUGGUAAAUUAUCCAGGGUGUCGACUAUCUGAAAAAAAACCUGGAACGUCAGGGAAUUUCACUAGAGAUCAGGGAAAAAUUAUUGAUUAUUUUUCCCUGAUCUCUAGUGGAAUUCCCUGACUACAACAUCGAACGAGUUGAUUGUCUGCAAUGUUAUCGAUUAGACCAACUCAGCAAUACAAUUAUCAUGAUGUUUAAACUUAAUACGAUUUCGGCACGAAAUAAGUAAUUCAAGCGUUGAAAAUAGCUGCUUAUCUUUUUUAUGCUUUACUAGAGUAAACUGUACUUUACUACCUAAUACAGGGUGUCUACUACCUGGAAAAACCUGGAAAACCUGGAAUUAUCAGGGAAUUUAUUUCAACCUGGAAAAAAACCUGGAAUUCUCAGGGAAUUUCAGCUACACUCAGGGAAAUUAUUUUGAAGCAGUAGUACAUGGUAGAAUAUGUCGUUUUUGUGACACCAAAUCUUCUCAACCAGAAAAUUUUUGGCUGCGCUGCUAUCAAAACGCUAAAUGAUAUGUUUAGUCCUUUUAACGAUUGUUAUAUAUUCAGCAAAAAACAUGUUUAGACAAGGAAGGAAGCAGAACUUAAGAUUGCCAUGUUGGUAAAGGCAAGAUCAGUUCCAGUUGAGUGUCGUACAUGAGCUUAUGAAACAUAGUUUGAAACAUUCCAAUUUUUUUCAAUUUAUUUUUUGCCUUUUGUGCAAUAAUAAUAAACUUUGUAUGAAGAGAGCAAAAUUUACAAAAGGUAAAAAAGAGUAUAUUUUCUAGAGUUGCUCACUAUUAUGCAAGUCUCUAUUGAUUUAAUUAUGUAAUUAAUGAAUCUGCUUGCAGUGAAUUCUGGUGCAAAACUUUAGCCUCAAGAGAAACCAUCAGAGACUAUUACGCGACUUUUCCACAAGUUCUUAAUGAUAUUUUUAUCAGAUCCCGAAGAAUGCUAGAAUUCUAGUAUUUUCUUCGAAAAAUAUCUUCAGAAUUUGGUCUAGAAAAUCUUACAGCACGCGUCCAAAACGGUUUAU